AUGCCGUCCAUCCAAUCCUCAUCCGCCGGAAUUCUGGGCAGCCUCUUCGAGCGCGCCCAGGAUGCCAUCUUUGCGCUCUCGUCGUGUCUGCCGUGUACGCCCGAGACCUCGGUGCUGAAGCUCAACGGCCGCAACUUUCAGAUCGUCAAAUUGCUCGGCGAGGGCGGCUUCAGCUUCGUCUAUCUUGUCAAGGACCAGGCUUCGGGACGCCUGUUUGCGCUCAAGAAGAUCCGAUGCUCGGGCUACGGCGCCGACUCGUUCCAAGAGGCCAUGAAGGAGAUCGAGGCAACCAAACGCUUUCGAUCGCCUCACAUCAUCCCCAUCUACGACAGCUGUGUGGUCCAGGAUGAUGCGGGAUCGGGGACGCUCUUCGGCAACCUGCCUUCGAACGAUCCCGAUGGAGCCGGUGGCCGUGGCUCGGACGGAGGCAAGGUGAUCUACCUCUUCCUUCCCUUCUACGAAAAGGGCAACUUGCAAGAUGUGAUCAAUGCGCACGUCGUGCGCGGAACACGCUUCGGAGAGCGCGAAAUGCUCAACUUCUUCCUCGGAACCUGCAAGGCAGUGCGAGAGAUGCAUCACUACCGCCUGCCGAACGUCGGCGCGACGCGCGGCGGUGCAGGCUCCUCGACAAUACCGCGCAUGGAGGUGACCCCGCCGCAGGAUCCCUUUUCCGACUCCCAGGCGGCUGACACCCAAGCAGAUCAAGCACCCCUCAUCUCUGGCGAGCAGCAGCUGGAAGAUGCCGAUGACGACAACGCAUCGUACCCGCCCAAACCCAACAAGGGCAAAGGCCGCGACUUUGGGCUCGACUCGGCGGGCGAUGCAACACACGGCGGCGCAGAGCAGGGAGGUGCAGGCGGGCUUUUGCCGUACGCGCAUCGCGACAUCAAGCCAGGCAACGUGAUGGUCGCCGAUGACGGCCAGACGCCAAUCCUGAUGGACUUUGGAAGCACAAUCAAGGCGCGUGUGCACAUCAAGACGCGCAAAGAGGCGGUGGCACAUCAGGACCUGGCGGCGGAGCGAUCGUCGAUGCCGUACCGUGCGCCGGAGCUGUUCGACGUGCCGACGGAUGUGACGCUGACCGAAGCGGUCGACAUCUGGUCGCUCGGAUGCUUGCUGUACGCGCUUGCCUACCUGCACUCGCCGUUCGAGACGACACAGACGGUAGAGCAGGGCGGCUCGAUUGCACUGGCAGUGCUCAACGGCUCGUACAAGACGCCUCCGAGCUCGCAGGAUCCGUACUCGGAGAAGACGCGCGAGAUCAUCAAGCGCUGCAUCCAGGUCAAGCCAGAAGAUCGCCCGGACAUCGACCAGGUCAUCGAGCUUACCCAGACUGCCUUGCGCGGGCUCGAGUGA